CAACACAUGAGCAUGAGUGAAGUCAGUAAAUGACCAUAUUACCCGUUAAAGGAGUUGCGUGUAGACGUUUUUUGCAUUUGCCGAGAAACAAAUAAACUGCCCAUCUCCAGAAGCUUCGUUAAACCCAUCAUAAACCCUACUCCACCACAGUCCACACUCCACAACUCAGGAACUACCUCACCAACGCAAUCUGCUGAUCGCAGCGUCCCUUGCAAACCUUCCUCCGACUGCUUUAAAGUAAAAAUGCACAGGAUCUCAAGGCGAUCUCUCUCCGCCGUCCUCCGCGCCGGGUCCCUGCGUCGCCGGAAUGAAGCCGCUCCGAUUUCAUCAUCUGGUCUCCUCAACAGCCUGGCUGGUGAGAAUGGUCCCACGGGUAGAUGUUAUUCGGCAUUGUCUUUGGAAAAACACAGUAGCCCUAAAACAAUUAAUCCAUACAACACAAGAGGAGUGUUUCAUGGAAGCAGAAGUGAAUCAACAUCUGCUGCAUCUGAAACACCAGGAGCAGUGACUGAGAAGUAUGAAUAUCAGGCAGAGGUUAGCCGUCUGAUGGAUUUAAUUGUUAACAGCUUAUACAGCAACAAAGAAGUGUUUCUUCGGGAGCUAAUCAGCAAUGCAAGUGAUGCUCUGGAUAAGCUGAGGUUCCUUGGUGUUACACAGCCCGAUCUUUUAAAGGAUGCAGUUGAUCUUGAUAUUCGUAUACAGACUGAUAAAGAUAAUGGCAUAAUAACAAUCACAGACACUGGAAUUGGUAUGACUCGCCAGGAACUUGUUGACUGCCUUGGUACUAUUGCUCAAAGUGGAACUGCAAAGUUUUUGAAAGCACUGAAGGAUAGCAAGGAUGCCGGAGCUGAUAGUAACCUGAUUGGGCAAUUUGGCGUUGGAUUCUAUUCUGCUUUCCUUGUUUCUGAACGGGUUGAAGUUUCAACUAAGAGCCCUAAAUCGGACAAACAGUAUGUUUGGGAAGGAGAAGCUAAUUCUAGUGUAUAUAGCAUUCGAGAAGAGACUGACCCAAGCAAAUGCAUUCCUAGAGGGACUCGCCUCACCUUAUAUUUGAAGAGAGAUGACAAAGGUUUUGCACAUCCUGAAAAAAUCCAGAAGCUUAUACAAAACUAUUCACAGUUUGUUUCAUUCCCUAUAUAUACAUGGCAAGAAAAGGGAUAUACUAAAGAGGUUGAAGUUGAAGAGGAUCAAGCAGACACCAAGACUGAUGGGCAAGAUGAGCAAACUGAGAAAAAGAAGAAGACCAAGACAGUUGUGGAGAAAUAUUGGGACUGGGAUCUUACAAAUGAGACUCAGCCUAUAUGGCUUAGAAAUCCGAAGGAGGUUACUACAGAGGAAUAUAAUGAGUUCUAUAAGAAGACAUUCAGUGAAUAUUUGGAGCCUCUUGCAUCUUCCCAUUUUACGACUGAGGGAGAAGUAGAGUUCAGAUCUGUCCUUUUUGUGCCAGCAGCUUCUCCAAUGGGCAAGGAUGACUUUAUCAAUGGAAAAACUAAAAAUAUAAGGUUGUAUGUGAAGCGGGUGUUCAUUUCAAGUGAUUUUGAUGGUGAACUGUUCCCACGAUAUCUGAGCUUUGUUAAAGGUGUGGUAGACUCAAAUGAUCUCCCGUUAAAUGUCUCACGUGAAAUACUUCAAGAGAGUCGCAUUGUUCGCAUAAUGAAGAAACGUUUGGUGAGGAAGGCUUUUGAGAUGAUCCAAGGCAUAGCCUUGAGUGAUAAUAGAGAUGACUAUGAGAAGUUCUAUGAGAACUUCGGCAAGCACCUAAAAAUAGGUUGCAUUGAAGAUCGUGAGAACCACAAGCGCAUUGCCCCAUUGCUGAGAUUUUUCUCUUCACAAAGUGAGGAAGAUAUGAUCAGCCUGGAUGAAUAUGUUGAGAAUAUGAAGCCAGGCCAGAAGGAAAUAUAUUUUAUUGCUUCUGAUAGUGUAGCAAGUGCAAAGAACACUCCUUUCCUUGAAAAGCUUCUUGAGAAAGAUCUUGAAGUACUCUUUUUAGUUGAUCCGAUUGAUGAGGUUGCUAUCCAGAACCUCAAAUCCUACAAGGAAAAAGAGUUUGUUGAUAUUAGCAAAGAAGAUCUUGAUCUGGGUGAUAAGAAUGAGGAUACAGAGAAGGAGAUGAAACAAGAAUUUGGCCCGACUUGUGAUUGGAUAAAGAAUCGGUUAGGCGAGAAGGUUGCAAGUGUACAAAUCUCAAACCGUCUCAGCUCGUCUCCUUGUGUUCUAGUAUCUGGAAAGUUUGGUUGGUCUGCAAACAUGGAAAGGCUGAUGAAGGCCCAAAGUGGUGGUGGUGAUGCCUCUAGCCUGGCGUUUAUGAAAAGCAGGAGAGUCUUUGAGAUAAAUCCUAACCACCCAAUCAUUAGGACAUUAAACGAGGCUUCAAAGAAUAGCCCAAGUGACGAAGAAGCCCUGCAAGCAAUUGAUCUUUUAUAUGACGCAGCUUUGGUUUCUAGUGGUUUCACUCCUGAUGAUCCAGCUGAGCUAGGAGGUAAGAUCUAUGGCAUGAUGAGCAUGGCUCUGUCAGGAAAGUGGGGAGCUUCAGAUGGAUUUUCACAACCCACAGCAGCGCCCACCCAAACACAUAUCCCUGAAACAGUGGAGGCUGAGGUGGUGGAGCCUGUCGAAGCUGGUGUGCAUAAGUAAUGAACCGCACUGAGUACGUGGAAACCUUCAAUGCUUUUUUAGUAGCUUUUUGAAGUUGAGCAGCACAGAUGGAUGGAUUGGAGUAACUUUAAGUUUUUUUUAAAAUAUGUUCUACUUAGUCGUAUUCCCCAUUAAUUAUUUGGUAUUUAGAAGGGCUAUGUUAUAAUGAUUAACCUUCGAAUGUAGCAACGAUAAGUUGGAACUUGAAAGUGCCCCUCUAAUGGAAAAGAAAUUAUUAGCGUAUUGAAGUCUGAUAGCAAAAUUUUGUUAAAUUUAUGGAAGCAAUGAAUAAACCUUGAGCUAUGUCACAA